GGGUUACAACACCCUUUUCUCCUGCUUUGACGCACACCAGCCUGGGGGAAGCCUUCCAGGGACUCGACUCAGCCUUGAGAUUGCCAACAGACACAACAAGGGGCGGGCGCACUGUGGGGCAGGAGCAGAGCCAAGCAGAUAGGCAGCCCUAGCCUGCCACUAGGACCCUGCACACUCUGGACUUCAGUGCUUUUUCACAUGGAGCCCACGGUAGUGCUCAUCACCGGCUGCUCCUCCGGAAUCGGCCUGCACUUGGCUGUUCGUCUAGCUGCUGAACGUUCCCAGAGCUUCAAAGUUUAUGCCACAUUACGGGACCUGAAGGCACGGGGACCACUGUUGGAGGCAGCUAGGACUCAUGGGUGCCCUCCUGGCUCCCUGGAGAUACUGGAAUUGGAUGUGAGAGACUCCGAUUCUGUGGCUGCUGCCCAGGCACGCGUGACUGAGGGUCGUGUGGAUGUACUGGUCUGUAAUGCUGGCCGCGGUUUGUUCGGGCCGCUGGAAGCGCAUGAGUUGAACGCUGUGGGUGCUGUGUUGGACGUGAACGUGCUCGGGACCAUUCGGAUGCUGCAGGCCUUUCUGCCAGACAUGAAGAGGCGCCACUCCGGGCGUGUGCUGGUGACCGCGAGUGUGGGAGGCUUGAUGGGACUACCAUUCCACGAAGUGUACUGUGCCAGCAAGUUUGCGCUGGAAGGUUUGUGUGAGAGUCUGGCGAUCCUGCUGCCGCUCUUUGGAGUCCACGUGAGCCUCAUCGAGUGCGGGCCAGUGCACACAGCCUUUUAUGAGAAGCUGGAGGGCGGCCCAGGCGGGGCUCUGGAGCGAGCAGAUGCUCAGACCCGACACCUCUUUGCUCACUACCAGCGUAGUUAUGAGCAAGCUCUGAGCAAGGCGCAGGACCCAGAGGAGGUGACGGAGCUCUUCUUGACUGCAAUGCGAGCCCCGCAGCCCGCUCUGCGAUACUUCUCCACGAACCGCUUCCUGCCGCUGACCCGAAUGCGCACGGAGGAUCCCAGUGGCAGCAGCUAUAUCGCGGCCAUGCACCGCGAGGCCUUCUCUGAUCUGCUGGACCAGGAGGGUGCCAAGGCUGGGGCCCAAGCCCCGGGAAAUCCAGACGCAGCCUCCAGAACCCUCAUUUGCCCUCCUGAAUGUGCAACCCCUCGGGUGGUAUCUGAAUUGGGGUGGUCUGCAUCGGAUAAACUGUGUCGGGACAAAUCAUGCUACCAGCAAAAGAUCUAAGCCAGAAUCUCUUUCUUCUUACUUUAGAAUGUGCUUUGUUUUAAGACAGGGUCGCACUCUGUAGCCCAGUCUGGACUGUAACUCAUAAAGAUCCACCUGUCCUUGCCUUCCUCCUGAGUGCUGGAACCUUAGGCCUAUGCAACCACACACUUCUCAGAAUCAUUUGAAAUAGUGCAAACCUCUUCAUGGGUCAAGAUAAGAGGGCUGAUAUCCAAUGUGCUAGGUUAAGAAGUUUUUUUUUCUUCCAAUAAAUGUAUUUAUUCAUUAUUAUUAUCAUCGUGUAUGAUGUAGAGGGGGACACAUUUCAUCGUCACACAGAGUACAGAGAUUAGGUGACAAGUUUGUUUCCUCUCCCACCAUGGAGUUCAGGGAUUGAACUCAGGCCUUCAGGCUUGAGCUAUAAAAACUUCUAACCCAUAAGCCAGCAAGUUGGGACCAGGCUGUAACAACCACCACCAAUUUUUGUUGAAUAGUGUCUUAUAUAGCCCAGCCUGGUCUUGAACCUGCUAUGUUGUUGAGGAUGACUGAAAUGUCUAAUUCUCUGUCCUCCCCUCAUGAAACUAGGGUCAGGCUUGUGGUCCCCACCACUAACACAUUAACCAUAUGUUCCCAUGUAUAUGGGCAGGUGUGUGUGUGUGUGUGUGUGUGUGUGUGUGUGCAUGUGUGGAGUCUGGAGUCUUGACUUGUUCCUUAUUUGUCGACGCAGGGUCUCACUGAACUUGGAGCUUAUGUUUGUCUGGACUAACAGGUUGCCCUCAAGGAUCCUAGGUCUCUUGUCUCCCUAGUGCUGGCAUUACAAGAGGACAUGAAGGGAAGCCCUGGGUUCUGGGGAUCCCAGUGGGCCUCCCUGGGCCUUUAGCUGUGACACAGGCAUCCUUUCUCCAUCUGAAUAAACUUCAGAUCUCAUGGCUUCA